CCUGUAGCAUCCCUCUUCUGUUCCACAGGGGUACUGUAAGGUUCGGUGGUUUAAAAGGGGAGGUACCCGAUGUCGGCUCGAGCUUUAGAAUCACGAUGAGAGGCCGCGAGCGGCUAGCGGAGACAGUCUCGAAGAUGCCGCGCGCUCUGCGGAGGCUCGUGCACCUGGUGCUGCUUUGCCCGCUAUCGAAAGGCUUGCAGACGCGUCUGACUGCAGUUAAAGUAAAGUACCUGGUGGUUGCGUGGUUGGGUAUAUUGGUGGCCAGCUGGGUUGUCUACAUACAAUACUCCUCCUACUCAGAGCUCUGCAGGGGUCAUGUCUGCACCAUGAUCAUUUGUGACCACUACCGCAGGGGGAUUAUCUCUGGUUCUGCUUGUAAGUCUUUGUGUGAAGAGAAAACUCUGACUCUAAAGCACUGCCUUUCAACUUCUCCUACCCAGCAGGUUUACAGUGCAGUGUGGAAGGAAAAAGCAGUGGUAUUGAAGUGCGCCCUAGGAGAGGCUCAACGUGAUGCCAGUCUUUACAAAAAGCCCACUCGGGGCACGUCUAUGGAUGAGUUCCAUGAGAUGCUCCACUCGUUUCUUAAGGAAAAUCUGGGUGAGCAGCUGUCCCUUGGCUCGCUUGUCUUGCGUGUAAUCUCUCUGGCUGAUGUUAACGCUGAUGGUAAGGUCUCUCUAGCUGAAGCAAAGUCUGUUUGGGCCCUGCUGCAGAUUAACGAGUUCAUGCUGACUCUGGCGCUACAGGACAAAGAGCAUGCCCCUCGUCUGCUGGGCUUCUGUGGGCAAUUGUAUGCCACAGAGCAUGUGGUCCAUGGUGCACUUUUUAGUCUGGAAUUGCCAUCCUGGCUCCAUCCAGUGGUGCCUGAGGCCGUGAGCAAUGCCCUGAACCACUGGUUGGCGCCCGCCUGGCCACGUCGUGCCCGUGUUGCCAUUGGUCUGCUUGAAAUGGUUGAGGAACUAUUCCAUGGAACAUAUGGAAGUUUCUACAUGUGCAAUGCCACUCCACAACAAGUGGGCUACAGCACUAACUACGACUGCAAGAUAGCUGACCUGGGAAGCGUGGUGCCAGAAGCAACUGUGCGGGCGUUUUUACGCGGACGAGCUUGCCAAACCAACACAGACUGCACAUUUGGACAUGACUGCACGGCCACGUGUGAUCGCCUGGCUAAACAGUGCAACACAGAAGUGGUGCGGCCAAAUUUGGCCAAAGCCUGUGCCCUUCUAAGAGAUUUUCUCUUAUUUGGGACUCCUGUUGACUUGAUGGAUGACCUGGACAAGCAGCUGCGCACUUGUGUGACUUUGAGUGGCCUGGCCUCACAGAUGGAGGUUCACCACUCACUCGUGCUUAACAACCUCAAAACACUGCUGUGGAAGAAAAUCUCUAAUACUAAAUAUUCCUGAUUAAGAAUUAUACUAGGUUUAAGGUCUAAUAGUGACAGUGGUAAAAGGAAGGUAUUGAAAGAGAUUGCUUCAGUAUGGUUGCCAGUAAUGUACAUGCAACUGUGAGUGUGGCAGAAAUUUUUUUAGUCCCACAGAACAACAAUACAGGGAGGAACACAAAGACUGAGUGUUCUGUACACUAGUUAUAGCCACUUACCCUUACACACAGUCUUAAAAACAAACUUUCAGGAAAUGUCUUUAAUGGAACACCGCAGCAUUUUUCAGCAUAAUGUUUAUCAGCAUUAUGCAUUUUUUUCAGCAAAAAUAUCCAAUAUGUAUAUUACCGUGGGCAAUGUAUAUCAACAAGUGCAAAAAGUUUCUUCCUGUACUGAGAACUGAGAAAAUAGCAGAAAGCCUGCUUAAAUGCUAUUAAUAAUUUAAGC